GCCCAAACACUGACCGUCGUUCUACGUCAUUUGGAAGCGACUUUUCUCUCCGAAACAAUAUGGCUGCGCCCUGCGUCGAUUGAUAGUCUUAGGGGGUGUAUAAUAUGAGUACCGUAAACUUAUAAAAACUUACGAACCGCUUCAGUGGACACCAAAUUUAGGGAUUGUAUGUGGCAAUAUUAUGCACACUAAGGUUGUCGUCCUGCGAAAAGGUGUAUCAGUCAACAUGAGAGGCGCUACUCUCCUCAAUAUGAGGACAUCUUCAAUAACGGAGCUUAGGUCAUUUCCCUUCUUGUGCAGGAAAGUGUCAAACAACCCCCAUCAGCAUGGCUCACAGAACGGGACACAAACAUCACCCGAGACCAAAGACCAACUCAUUGAGAAUGAGCCCACGGAGGAAGAGCAACGGAGACCCAAAAGGAAACCGAGCGAGAGUUCUGUGCUGCUCUUCCCCGGGCAGGGGAGUCAGUUCGUGGGUAUGGGUCGCGGGCUUCUGAAAUACAGAAACGUCAAGGACAUGUUUGCCGUCGCGCAGAAGAUACUGGGCUACGACUUGCUGUCUAUGUGCCUAGAUGGACCAGAGGAGGAAUUGAUGAAGACAGUCCACUGUCAGCCCGCCGUGUUUGUUACAUCACUGGCAGCUGUGGAGAGGCUGAACCACGAAAACCCAGCGGCCAUUGAGAAUUGUGUGGCUGCUGCAGGAUUUAGUGUGGGAGAGUUUGCAGCCCUGGUGUUUUCUGGUGCCAUGGAUUUCACAGAAGCCCUGUAUGCGGUGAAGGUGCGGGCAGAGGCCAUGCAGACCGCGUCAGAGCUGAUCCCUAGUGGCAUGCUGUCGGUAAUGGGACGGCCCCAGGCUAAGUACAAAUAUGCCUGUUUGCAAGCCAGGGAGCACUGCCUUAGCCUGGGCAUCAAGGAGCCCGUCUGCAGCGUGGCCAACUACCUUUUCCCCGACGGGAGAGUCAUCGCUGGCCACAAAGAGGCACUGGACUUCCUACAACAGAACUCGAGGAAACUUCACUUCCUGCGUGCGCGGCCGCUCCCGGUGAGUGGGGCUUUCCACACGGCGUUGAUGGAGUCUGCCACCGAGCCCCUGAGAGAUGUCCUCAGACAGGUGGAGGUACGUCGGCCCGAGAUCAACGUGUACUCCAACGUGGACGCCAAGCGCUACAUGCAUGAGGGCCACGUGCGCAGGCAGCUGGCCAAGCAGCUGGUGUCACCAGUGAAGUGGGAGCAGACCCUCCACGAGGUGUUUGAGAGGACCCAGGGUCAGAGCUUCCCCCACACCUACGAGGUGGGCCCCGGGAAGCAGCUGGGGGCCACGCUGCAGAAGUGCAACAUGAAGGCCUACAAGAGCUACACACAUGUGGACGUCACCACCCACGAUGACUGAGAGGAUUAUGGUCUGAGGAGUAAGACCGGACUCAUGGAUUUGUGGAGAGACUCGUAUCAAUACAGUACAGUCUACAUACUGUACAGUAUACAUCCAUUGACAAUCACCCAUGUCGUGUCUUUGGCAUCAUUAAAGUGAAGACUAAUUUUAUCAAAUCAAUUCUCUGUAAUUAUUAUGUGAUUAAACUAAUCAUGUAAAUGUAAUUAAUUAGGAAGUCGGGGCACCAAGGAAAAUCUACAGAUUAAAGUUACAAUUUUCCUAAUAACUUUUCAGAUAUUUUAAUAUCUGAUCAAUUCGUUUUUUAAUUAAUCAUUCUUUACCUCACGUUAGUCUCAUUCCGAACGUCGUAAAUAGUUGGUUAUCUGCACAAACCCAGCCUUUACUAUAAAUCAUCCAUACAUCAAUUUUCUUAAUCAUUUAUUUACGAACUAAAUCACAGAAAUGCAUAAAACAGUAGAUACGGUUAUAAGGAAAUGAUAGGGGAUGUGCCCUAGUGGGCUAACCCGGUAUGACUGCUUGGUAGACAAAUGAGGAAGUGGGUGUGGCUGAGAAGGCCGGGAAAUACAGACCCUACACAGUUGAUAAUUAUAAUUGAAAUGCUAAUCCUUUGCACACGAACGCUCACUUAAUUGCAAUCAAUAUAUAUAUUUACGGUCAUGUGUCGUCAUGAUCUCUGUUGGAAUCGUCCGUCUCAAACCGUAGCCCUCUAAGGUAAUCGAGGUACGCUUGGUCUGAAGUGGGCUUCUCUAGGUGGGUUUUUUAUUCUGAACAGCAGAAAAGGCUGUCCCAUGACGCAAGAUUCGCGUCUGUGCUCAUGGGGCGGGCCAAUAACUUAACUUUAAAGGGAAUUGGAUUCUCUUUCAUUAAACAUUUUAAAAUCACAUGACAUAAUUUCACAUAGUUUCAUCUUUACACAAUAAUUAGAUGCAAAUCAUAACGGAUACUCUUGUAUAAACAGAGUUAUGGUAAUGUGGCUGUAUUGUCUCUCAAUGAGAUCACAAACUAACACAAUGGACCGGUCAUAGCUGGAUUCUCCACCGACCAGUUACACAUUCUCCAAAACAUGGAUAUUGUUUAGUUCUCAAGUUCUGUGAGGUAGAAGAAGUUCUACUGUGAACCUUUCUCUCUCUAUACUGCAUGAGGGAGAGAGUCUCCUCCAGGAAUAUACGAUCUGAGAUUACAGAGUCUGGGUGUAGGGGGAAGAGAGAGGUGGUGAGAGAGAGUUGGUGCUUGCUAUAUCUGAAGAGGGCCACGUCAUGACACCCAAAAUGAGUAAAUCAGUACUAAAGACAGACACACAUACAUUACCUACAGUAUACUUCCUUCAAUGUGACAGAAAUGACUUUGUCCAUAUGAACUCAUUCAAGUGACCUUGCACCAAUAAAUAAAUACCUGGUA